CAAUAUUUGAUUUCUUCACAAACCCAAAUGUCCUUCAACUGUUUUGUGCCGAAUUAUAACUGCAUCGUUAAAAGAACAACUAAGACACUUCCGUUACCCGGAGGCCCACUGUUCCACAUAGAUUCGACCACAGUCAAACACACUAAUCAAUUAAUCUUGUAUUGUUGGGGUGCCGUUGGACAGCAGGAGAUCUGGGAGACAGUGGGCCUCCAGGCUCUGACAACCAAACUCUUACAUAUGUCUAAAAUGAAGAAAGAUCCAGCCGAUAAUCCACAGCCUUCCAAUAGUUCUUCAGAAAAGAUGCCUUAUGGUCAACCUUGUGAAGUACUUCUACAGAAUGGAUCUCUUUCACAUCGCAAGUCAGAUGAAAAUAUGGAUGGGCAUUUGAUUCAUAAACCUGUGCGAGAAAAACUUUACUUCAGAGUCUUAUAUAAUAAAAAAAGGGCAAUUGAUGAUAUACUAUAUUAUGCUAAAAAUAUUUAUGAAAUAAUACAGCAAAAUAAUUAUUAUCUUCCUGACAAAGAAAAUAAGAUACUUUUAGAACUUUUAACAAUAGCAGAAACAAAUUCAAGAAAGUAUAUAACUUUAAAACAACGUGGGUAUAUGUGGUUAAAACGUAAAGAUGGAAUGUAUGAGCAAUAUGGACCAUAUUUCGGGGAUAAUAAGAAACAUAGUGAAGAUUUUAUUAUUGAAAAAUUGCUAAAAAUAUUUAACAACUUUGAUGAUUCAAGCCCUACAUUCUCAAAACAUACAGAUUAUACAGAGCUUUGGAUUUAUUCUACAUACUGCCCGUGUUUAGCUAAAAACAACCGAGAACUGAGGCACCAUAAUCCUUGUAUGAUGGACUUGUAUUUUUUAAUGAAAAAAUUGAAAAAUACUUAUAAUAUAACAACAAAUAUUGGCUUUUCCGAGUUUUAUGGUUUAGCUGGUUCUUUUUUGAAAAAUUUACCAUACCAUCCUUUGAACCAAAAUAAUUUCCCAAUGUAUCAAAUUAAAAAAAGAAUCAAGUCAGAUGACUGUUCAUGUAAGUUAAUAAAAGUGUAUAAUACAUUCGUUCAAGAACUAGAAAAUGAAGCAUUUAAAAUGGAAAAAUAUUUAUAUAAGAAAUCUGAUUUAGCUAAAACAUUUACAAAUCUAUUAAAACCUAUUCCAGGAAGAUUUAGACAAAAAAUUUUUGAAGAGCAAAAAGAAUUGUUCCAACAUCCAGGUUUAAUGUGUGGGUUUAAUGAAUUUUAUUACCUUGGUUGGGAAAAGAUUACAGAUACUAAGGAAAAGAUUACAAAUACUAAGGAAAAGCUGAUAACUAUGUUUGGUAAUGAUUUAAGUGAUGAAGUUUGGAAGGUUUAUUUAAUGGCUCUUGAAGAUAUAUUUUUAGAAUGGUGGGAUAAAAAGGUGAAUGAAGCAUCCAGCAUAUUUAUAAACAAAAAUGUUAGUGAUUAUUUAAAAAUGUGUACUUUUCAGCUCUUCCUUAAUGACAUUCCAGACACUGUAAACAAAAACUUUAUUGGCCUUUUGAACCACACUAAUGAUCCUACUCCCCCUGUAAUUAAAUCUGAAAAUGUUAUUUUGAUGGAUUGGUGUGUUUGUAUGUUACAACAUGUAUAAUGAUUUAAAUAAACAAUCCCAGUUACAAAG